AUGCGGUCUGCGCCAGAACAGGAUGUCGCCACGGACCCAGGAGCCCCAGACGGGGAGGGAGGACCACCAACCCCAGACCCAAACCUCACUAAUAAUCUUCGCCUCCAACAGGCACAGGCCCAAGUGGAUGAGGUGGUGGAUAUCAUGCGUGUGAAUGUUAAGAAUGCAAUAGACAGGGACAUAAAAUUGUCGCAGCUGGACGACCGGGCUGAUGCGCUGCACGAUGGAGCCAAGCUGUUUGAGAGCAGCGCUGCCAAGCUAAAGAACAAGUACUGGUGGAAAAACUGCAAGAUGAUGAUCAUCAUGGGAGUUAUCGUGGUCCUCCUCGUGGGCAUUGCUUUCAGUGAGUAA